CAACGCUCAUAAAGAAAGUCAUCCAUCUCAUCUCAUCAUCACCAGAAUCAUGGAGACCACCAAACGCACCGCCUCGGUCUCCAUCCGCAACAACACCUCUAAGCCCAUGGUUAGCGUCUCCCUCGUCCACAAAUACAGCGACGUCUACAAGCACCGCAAAGAAUGGGCCGCCAUUCCCGCCGGCGACUCCUCCGAUGAGUCCCUCCAAGUCGAGUACAACACUGGAUUCUUCACCACCGGCCGUGACUGGUGGUUCAUCUCCUGGUACAGCCAGGACAUGAAGACGCUCUACUAUAGCAAUCCGCAAAACUUCCGCGGCGCGUUUGAUGCCGUUGAGAAGAGCGUCUCGCCCGAAGCCCUCAUCAAAGCUGGAACGCUUUUGGCUCCGAUUGCAUUGUUCACAGGUGGUCCUGUGUUAGCUAUUCCAGUUACCAUGGCGACGGUGGCUGUUGCGAGAUCGACGACUGAUACAUUAUAUGCGUCGGAAGAAACUAGUGGAUUUAAGCAGCACAUUUUGAGAGAAGAAGACGCUGGUAAAGUAACUGAGAUUAUUAUCAACGAGGAUGAAACUAUUACGUUUAAAUCGCAGUCGGGCGAUUCUGAGACCGUGUACGCUUCAAGGAAAGCAUUUGGACGAUAAAUACUUGAAGAGGUUGAAUAGAGCAAAGUUACUAUAAUAGCCCAUCUAAUUUUUGUCUAAAUCGUCAACAUCAAUCACUCAUUUGCCCAGAAAAAAAAAAAAAAAAAAAAA